UAGGAAAAGUUAUUCCAUUAAUUAGCUACUCGGUCCAUGCAAAGAUCGUAAGCAUAUUUAUUUUAUCAUCGAGACCAAGAAAAAAAAUUAACUCAUUCGAUUUGUACUCCCAUGUAACAAACUUUUUCAUAUGCAUGCAAAAGGGUUGGAGAAUGCAUGGCAGCUCAAGUUUCGGUCAACAAUUUAAUCAUACACAGUAAAACGAAAAGAGACUCUCUUCAUUUAAGGCUCGGAUGCAUGGAGACUAUAUGAAUAAGCUCAUCUCAUUUGGAAAAAAAUAAUCAAAACAAUGAAAUAUGCUUAAUACAUUUGGAUUUGGAUGGAGUAUCUCCCUAUGACGAAAGAGACGAGGGAUUGCCUACUUCUUUCCACAUCAACCUUUGAAGGCUAUGGCAGAGCUACAUUUGCAGCGCAGCCUCUCUGCAUGAUUUCUUACUAGAUAGGAUUAAGUUUCAAGAGUUAAUUUCUUGUACUCUUGGGCGAUCCAUGCUGUCAAAUCAGCAACUAACGAGGCAUAAUCUCGAUCACUAGCUCUGAUCUGAUCUUCAGCUAGCGCCGGCGAGCUGCAGAGGUCUCCAUCCAUGGCGCCGGCGGUCAGUGCAUCGCAGGGUGUCAUCAUGCGGUCCCUGACGAGCAAGCUCGACUCGCUGCUGCUGCAGCCGCCGGAGCCGCCGCCGCCUGCGCAACCGUCGUCGCUGCGGAAGGGGGAGAGGAAGAAGAUCCUCCUCCUCAGAGGCGAUCUCCGACACCUGCUAGAUGACUACUACCUCCUCGUGGAGCCGCCGUCAGACACCGCGCCACCGCCAGACUCGACGGCGGCGUGCUGGGCUAAGGAGGUUCGCGAGCUCUCCUACGACGUCGACGACUUCCUCGACGAGCUAACGACCCAGCUCCUCCACCACCGCGGCGGCGGCGAUGGCAGUAGCACUGCUGGUGCCAAGAAGAUGAUCAGCAGCAUGAUCGCCCGGCUUCGAGGGGAGCUUAACCGGCGGCGGUGGAUCGCCGACGAGGUCACCCUGUUCAGCGCCCGCGUGAAGGAGGCCAUUCGCCGCCAGGAGAGCUACCAUCUUGGCAGGCGCACCUCGAGCUCGAGGCCGAGAGAAGAAGUCGACGACGACGAUCGCGAGGACUCCGCCGGCAACGAACGCCGCCGGUUUCUGUCGCUGACGUUCGGGAUGGACGACGCUGCUGUGCACGGCCAGCUCGUUGGUAGGGAUAUUUCGAUGCAAAAGCUCGUCCGGUGGCUGGCCGACGGCGAGCCGAAGCUCAAGGUGGCUUCCAUUGUUGGAUCCGGAGGUGUUGGCAAGACGACGCUGGCCACAGAAUUCUAUCGUCUGCAUGGCCGGCGGUUGGAUGCGCCGUUCGACUGCCGGGCUUUCGUGCGGACGCCCCGGAAGCCUGACAUGACGAAGAUCCUCACCGACAUGCUGUCACAGCUGCGGCCACAACAUCAGCAUCAGUCUUCGGAUGUUUGGGAGGUUGAUCGACUCCUUGAAACUAUCCGGACGCAUUUGCAAGAUAAAAGGUACUUCAUCAUAAUUGAAGAUUUAUGGGCUUCAUCAAUGUGGGAUAUUGUUAGCCGUGGUUUGCCUGAUAAUAAUAGUUGCAGUAGAAUACUAAUAACAACAGAAAUUGAACCUGUAGCUUUGGCAUGCUGUGGAUAUAACUCAGAGCACAUUAUUAAGAUUGAUCCACUGGGUGAUGAUGUCUCAAGUCAAUUGUUUUUCAGUGGAGUUGUUGGCCAAGGAAAUGAAUUUCCUGGACAUCUUACUGAAGUUUCUCAUGACAUGAUAAAAAAAUGUGGUGGCUUGCCACUAGCAAUAACUAUAACAGCCAGACAUUUUAAAAGCCAGCUGUUAGAUGGAAUGCAGCAAUGGAAUCACAUACAAAAAUCAUUGACUACUUCCAAUUUGAAGAAAAAUCCUACUUUGCAGGGGAUGAGGCAAGUACUCAACCUUAUUUACAAUAAUCUUCCUCAUUGUUUGAAAGCAUGUCUGUUAUACCUUAGCAUCUACAAAGAGGACUACAUAAUUAGGAAGGCCAACUUGGUGAGGCAAUGGAUGGCUGAAGGUUUCAUCAAUUCCAUAGAAAAUAAAGUCAUGGAAGAAGUUGCAGGGAACUAUUUUGAUGAACUUGUUGGUAGGGGCCUGGUCCAACCAGUAGAUGUUAACUGCAAAAAUGAGGUAUUGUCAUGUGUAGUGCACCACAUGGUAUUAAAUUUCAUCAGGUGUAAGUCAAUAGAGGAGAAUUUCAGCAUUACAUUGGAUCAUUCUCAGACGACAGUAAGACAUGCUGACAAGGUUCGCCGACUCUCGCUUCACUUCAGCAAUGCACAUGAUACAACACCACUAGCAGGUUUGAGACUCUCACAAGUUCGAUCGAUGGCAUUUUUCGGACAAGUCAAGUGUAUGCCUUCCAUUGCAGAUUAUAGGCUUCUUCGAGUUCUGAUUCUUUGUUUUUGGGCUGAUCAAGAGAAAACAAGCUAUGACCUCACAAGCAUUUCUGAACUGUUACAACUGAGAUAUCUGAAGAUAACAGGUAAUAUCACAGUUAAACUUCCAGAGAAGAUCCAAGGACUACAACACUUGCAGACACUGGAAGCAGAUGCAAGAGCAACUGCUGUCCUAUUGGAUAUUGUUCAUACACAGUGUUUGUUGCACCUUCGUCUUGUACUACUUGAUCUGCUCCCUCACUGUCACAGGUACAUCUUCACCAGCAUCCCCAAAUGGACUGGAAAGCUCAACAAUCUCCGCAUUUUAAACAUUGCAGUCAUGCAAAUUUCCCAGGAUGACCUUGACACUCUCAAAGGACUGGGAUCUCUCACUGCUCUUUCGCUGCUUGUUCGAACAGCGCCUGCGCAAAGAAUCGUCGCUGCGAAUGAGGGGUUCGGGUCUCUCAAGUACUUCAUGUUUGUCUGUACAGCACCAUGCAUGACUUUUGUGGAAGGAGCAAUGCCGAGUGUGCAAAGAUUAAAUCUAAGGUUCAAUGCCAACGAGUUCAAGCAGUAUGACUCUAAGGAGACAGGGUUGGAACACUUGGUCGCCCUUGCAGAGAUCUCUGCAAGAAUUGGGGGCACUGAUGAUGAUGAAUCAAACAAAACUGAAGUGGAGUCUGCCUUGAGGACUGCAAUUCGCAAGCAUCCGACGCCGAGCACUCUUAUGGUUGAUAUACAAUGGGUGGAUUGGAUCUUUGGUGCUGAAGGGAGAGACUUGGAUGAAGAUUUGGCACAACAAGAUGAUCACGGGUUUUGUAUGCUACCGGAAUCCUCUUCACGUCUUCAGAGUAGAGAGAUAAGUAUCGAAGAAGACAUGCCCACCGGUGCGGAAGGGACGGUGAUUGUGCCCCACACAAUGGAGCAGUUCGCCCUCCACAUGAGCCAAGCCAAGCAAUCCCACAAGCUCGUAGUCAUCCAGUUCACUACUUCCCGGUGCCCUGCUUCACGCUACAUCGCGCCAGCUUUCACCGAGUAUGCGAAGGAGUUCGCUGGUGCGGUUUUCAUUAAGGUCAAUGUCGACAGCGAUGAGCUGGAGAGUGUUACGGACUGGUAUGACAUCGAAGGGAUAGUGCCAACAUUUUUCUUCGUCAAGGAUGGGGAGAAGAUUGACAAGAUUCCUGGUGCUAACAAGGAGUUGCUCCGAGCCAAAAUUCGAAGGCACACAGCUUCUCCUUACUUCCUCCGUUGAUAAUGACUUCUUUUAUCGUCUUUGUCUAGUAUAUAUAUGGCACUUAUAUAGUUAACUAGGAAGGGCACCUUGUUUAAUGUAGCUUUCAUUUUUAUUAUGAAUGUUAAGGAUGAUAUUAUAUUGUUGAAGUAUUUUUUUACUCCUUGUAAACAUGUAUUGGUUAAUAACGAAGUAGUUUGGACAUUAGUUAUGAUUUUCUUCUGAUUACCCUUGCAACAUAUAAACUCCAUACUAAAAUUAUUAAAAAAAA